UGCUCCGCGGGCGUCCCGCACCAUGGCGCUGUCCUGGAGGAGCUGGCUGGCCAACGAGGGGAGCAAACACCUCUUCCUGUUUUUCUGGCUCUCCGUCAAUGUAUGGCUCUUCGGGAAAACCUUCCUGCUUUAUAAUCAAGGGCUACAGUAUUAUUAUUUGCAUCAGAUGUUAGGGCUAGGAUUGUGUGUUAGCAGAGCUUCGGCAUCUGUCCUCAAUUUCAACUGCUGCCUCGUCCUGCUCCCGAUGUGCCGUGUUCUCUUGGCCUUCCUGCGCGGAUCCCAGAAGGUUGCCAGCAAGAAAACCAGAAGGCUGCUAGAUAAAAGUAAAACUUUCCAUGUGACGUGUGGUGUUACAAUAUGCAUCUUUUCAGUCUUACAUGUUGCUGCUCAUCUGGUGAAUGCUCUUAACUUCUCUGAGAACUACAAUGAAGAAUUUGUGACCCUAAAUGCAGCAAACUAUCGUGGUGAGGACCCAAGGAAACUACUUUUUGCAACUGUUCCAGGUCUGACUGGAGUCAUUAUGGUGUUAGUAUUAUUCCUAAUGUGUACAGCUUCCACGUAUGCCAUCAGGGUUUCAAACUAUGACAUCUUCUGGUAUACACACAACCUUUUCUUUGUCUUCUAUAUGCUGCUGAUGCUGCAUGUUUCUGGGGGAGUGCUCAAGUACCAGACCAACUUAGAGGAACACCCUCCUGGUUGCUUUAAUCCUAACAAAACACUCCGACAGAAUCUGACUGUGCCAAAGGCUUUUGAAGAGCUGUUUCCUGACUAUACUACUGAGCCUGUUCCAGAGGACCUACCAGUACCAGAACCCUUUGUACAAAAUAGCUUUAUGAGAGUUUGUUCUGAGGAACCCAAGUUCCGGUCACACUUCCCAGAGACAUGGUUCUGGAUUUCCGGACCUCUGUGCCUGUACUGUGUGGAGCGGCUGUACCGCUACAUCCGCAGCAAUAAACCAGUCACAAUAACCUCAGUAAUAAGCCACCCCUCCAAUGUCCUUGAAGUCAGGAUGAUGAAAGAUGACUUUGAAGCAAGGCCUGGUCAGUACGUUAUUCUCCACUGUCCAAGAGUGUCUGCUCUGGAAAGCCAUCCGUUCACUCUUACAAUGUGCCCUACAGAUACCAAAGCAACGUUUGGGGUCCACCUAAAAGUAGUAGGAGACUGGACAGAAAGAUUUCGGGAUUUACUGCUACUACAUUCAAAUCAAGAUACAGAGAUUCUGCCCAUCUUUCAGCAGAGACGCUAUCCCAAACUGUAUGUGGAUGGACCUUUUGGAAGUCCCUUUGAGGAAUCCCUGAACUACGAGGUCAGCCUCUGCGUGGCUGGAGGUAUUGGGGUUACACCAUUUGCAUCUGUGCUCAACACACUGCUUGACGGCUGGAAAUGCUACAAGCUCAGAAGACUCUACUUCGUUUGGGUGUGCAGGGACAUUGAGUCCUUCCGCUGGUUUGCAGAUCUGCUCUGUAUGUUGCAUAACAAGCUUUGGCAGGAGAAUCGGCCAGACUAUAUAAAUAUCCAGCUGUACCUCAGUCAAACAGAUGGAAUACAGAAAAUAAUUGGUGAAAAAUACCAAGCUUUAAACUCCAGGCUUUUGAUUGGACGACCCCGGUGGAAGCUCCUGUUUGAUGACAUAGCAAAGUGCAAUCAGAGGAAGACCAUUGGAGUUUUCUGCUGUGGACCAAACAAAAUCUCUAAGAUACUCCAUAAACUGAGCAACAGCAGCAACUCAUAUGGGACAAGGUUUGAGUACAAUAAAGAAUCCUUCAGCUGAAAGUCUGUUGGAGCAAGACUCUCUAGAAGAUAAAAGUGCAAUUUUUUGUUUGUACAAUGUAAAAGUUCAUCUGUGGUUUAAACAGACAGAAAUGUACCAAAGAAUAGCACAAACAUUUUUAUUUAUGAUUAUUUAAGACUGAUGGAUGCAGCAGUAUACCAACAAAUAAUCAGUGCUUUUACUCAAAUGUGCUCACACAAUAUUUGUGGUGGGAGUGAUUCUUUGGAUUUGUUGAUGUUAAUUAAAAAGUACAGAAGCUGGGGAUAGACACGAUUGCUUUAAAAGCUGAUGGAAGAAGAAUCUGUGGAAUGUUUGAACUUCUUCCACUUCAGUCCUCUGAAGCUGGAUCAGUAAAUUAAACCCCAGGUUAAUCCAAGUGGCAAAACAUAGUAUUACAAAGACUCUUGCUUUUGUUGGUAUACAUAUCUUACGGCUUUGGGGUGAAAAUACUCCAUAUUAGAGAUUUUAUUAUACAUUGCAGAACUGGGAUUCUGUAUUUAAAAUAUAGAGUGUUACUCUUGCUAGUCUACUUCUGUAAUGAAGUUAACCUAAGGAAAAGUGAGCACAAUUGUGUAGCACCAGUGGGCAGCCUCUGCUGUGAUGUUAGUCACAGCCUUUUGGCAAGCACACAUCUGUACGUGGAGAACUCUGUGUCUUGCAUCAAUUCAGUAUUCAGUGAGUUUGCAAAAUAAUUAUGAUUUAUGCAGCCAUAAAGAUGGAGCAAGAAAAGCAAUGAACAGGAGCAGACAGGAUCUGAAGUUUUAUUAUACCACACACUCAACAUGGAAGUUGCCCUCACUCUGCACUCACAUGCCCUGAAUGUCAAGUACUUCAAGCUUUCAGAUAUGCUGAUUAUUUUACAGCACAGCCAGUUGAAAGCCAGUUUUAGAGGUCCCAGAGUAUGUUUGGUUGACUGUGAUCCUUUCAGUAUCUUCCCUGGAGCCACCCUGUUUUCCCUGGUGCCACUUAAAGCAGGAUGAGACCAGAUCUGCAGCAGAGUGAGAAUGAACCCCUCGGCUCUGUGGCUCCUUGGAUGAUGUGUGCAGAUACAAACCUUGCAGGAGCCGCAGUGUGCUUUCAGUUUGUUCCAUAGAGGAAGAUCUCAAAACAUCCAAAAUUUAAGCUCUCCUUCCCUUCUUCUCCUCUCAGCUGUUUUCUGCCCCUAAUUGCCAUGGGAGAGCUAAAGGUUGAAACUGGUACUUCAUAACUUUUUGGUUCUGAGGAGCACGUUUUCUUCUCCAUCCAAAUAGCAGAUCCAACUUCCUUUAUUUCAUCUUCUCUCCCUUUUCCUUACUUUGCUGAGAUGAGGACACUUAAACAGGAAUCAGACACUUAGCUGGCAUAAAUAGGCACCACUCUAAUGUCUCUUAAUAGAGCAGCAUCACUUUAACAUGGUGAAAACCUUCCCUUUGAUCUCCAGCAGAAGCUUGGGAGCAGAACAGUGUAGUGUUUGCAGCAUACAGGGGCAGAGGCUGGCUUGAGAACUCUGUGCCUGUGGUUCACCUGUAUUUAGGGCAGUGCUUUUGAUUUCAUUUACAUCUGUCCAAUGAAUACCUUUUUAAUUUUAGUGGGAAAAGCACUGAAUUUUUGCUCAGGACACAGACUCUCUACAGGAGUCUGUAAGUAUCAAUGUGAGUGUUCAGAGGGAAGCGUUUUUCUAGUAGGUGGUGUAUAGGCAUAAUGUAUGUAUAACUAGUGAGGAUGACUUUGGUCUUUGCCUUGGCAGUUUCUGCUCAGGAAUUGCAUUUGGUGAGCAAUCAGUGAAGCCACAAGGGAAUGUGUUCCUCAGUGUCCGGAGCUGGCACUGAAGUCUUUACCUCUGGCUCUGCCCAAUUUGAAAUCCAGAGAGAAGGAGAAGAACCAGAGAUAGACAAAUUCCUACUGACAAAAAUUCUCGAAGUAGCCCAGAUGAGAGAAACCAAAAUAGAAAUGCAGUGUGAGAUGGGAGCCUACAUUACAGCUACUGAUUUUAAUUUUUUUCUCUUUGAGGCUGAAAGGACCAUUCUUUUCCUACUGGAUCUCAUUCAUCCAUCACUGUAAAACAGCAAAGGAUUAGAUUUUUUUUAAUCAGUAGGAUUUAUUUCUAAUACUACCUGCAUAGAUUUUAUAAUAAAUAUAAAACUGUUGGCAAAAUGUGUAGAUACUGAAUAUUGUAGAUUCUGCAUACUUUCUUUGUUUUCUGGCUGUUAGUUUAAAACAUGAUUGAAAUCAUGCCUGCAUCUGUUACCCACAACUAGAAAGUGAUCUUCUCCUCUAGUUUCAGGAUCUACUAUCUCAUGCUUUUAAAAUACAGUUUAGAGUCAUCUAAUCACUAUGUUGUUUGUGGUUUUACAUCUCCUCAACAGAUAUUGGCUCCAUUACCAUAUAAUGAGCAGCUAGUUUUGCAGUUAGCUCUGUGCUAAAGCAGAUUAUGUUUUCUGGCUCAGCUUCUGUAUAGGUAACACUUUGUAAUUAAAAUACUAUUACUAGUACUUUGCUCUUACUCUGCAUUGUUGCAGGAGUUGAUGCUGUUUGUGGGCAUGUUAGACACAUUAAGCAGUGCUGUCACAGCAAGACUGAAGCAGAUCCAGGCUGUCCUCUUUCUCUCUUUGUGCUGUAUCUGACUCAGCUGACCCACUUGUAAAACAAGCCCUGGACCGUCUGCCUUUCUGGAGUGUUUUGAGGCUUAAUUAAUGUUUUGGGAUCACUUCUGUGCACAAGCAGCAGAAAGAUCUAAUUGCUAUGUAAAUGUGCUUCUGUUUAAUUUUGGUUAAACCUUUCUGUUGCUGAUCUGAGUAAUUGCUAGACCAGGUGAGGAAGAGUUUGGGGAAAGUCUAAAAGCUUCAGUUGCUUUUUUUCCUUUCCCUUGAGCUAUGCUUCUGUAAGAGAGGCAAAAUGUUUAAGAGUUGUUGAGUGACUGUGACUUGGCUUCAGGAGUGGCAGGUAUUAUGAUAAACACAAUCUUUCUACAGGCUAUGUUGUCAUUGCUCUUUCUGAGUGUGUGUCCAGCUUGCAAAACAGAUUCAAGCCCUCUUUAAACUCCAUUGCUUUUAUAUCUGUAAGCCAAGUGUAUGUAAAAAUAUAACUCAGUGCCAGGCAAGUAGGUGAAGGCUGACAGCACUCAAUUCCACAUUUGCAGAUCAACUGGAGUUAUGUAAUUGAGCAUCAUUUUUCACUUUAAGCUGUGUCCUGUGAGUCUGUCAUAAGUGUCCUGCUGGCAGGGGAAGGAUCCCUCCCUGUAUUCUCCCAGUUUUCACUCAGUCUUUCAUAAAGCUGCUCUCAGUGUUUGUUCGGCAGGAUCUUUUGUUUUAUUCAUCAGAAUUGUUUCAGGACCUUUUUUUUAGACCAGGAAUGUUUCCAUACCACGAUGCAAACCAAGCCCUCUCCCUGCAACAAGAAUCUGGCCCUUGUGCAGCAGUGUGGGACACAGCUAACAGCAGGAUUAAUCAGAUGUACCCAAGACCCAUUCCCAUAUCACUGAGAUUACUUGUGUGAGUGAAUGUCCACUGCCACAACAAAAAACAGCAGAGAUGAGCCCUGAUGUUGCAUGGGAAGGCCUGGUGGGAGCUGACCUUCACCACUGAAGUCUGCAGAACAGUCUGUCCCUCCACAAUGAUUAUUCCAGCCCCGUGUUUGGAGCAACAUUAUCCUGUUUCAGUAUGUGUUACUACUACUAGCACGUGGGCUCUUUCUUGUCUUUUUUCUCCUUUUGUGGUCUCUAGCACAUAGGUGGCAAAGAGAUUUGAAGCUGGCUGAGAGAGGGCAGAUGAAGCAUUAAGUAGCAGACCAGCUGUGUUGGGAACAGUAAUUCAGCUAUAACAGCCUAACAGAGCAGAGAAGUAAUGGUUUAGUAGGACUUGGAGAACAGCAGCCUAAGAGUAAAACCUCUACUCAACGUUUAAUGCACCAGGUUAUAGUUUCAAAGCACAAGACAUGGCUUAGGGGAAGCUGGCAUGAGGCUAAAGAGUCAUUGCUUAUAGCAGUUCAAGGACCAUAAGUCAGAGAAGAGGCAUAGUUUUUAAAAUGCAAUGUUUAGUCUUGAAAAAUAAGAGGACUUCUAGGGAGAUUAAUUUUCGCUUCAGCCUGGCAAUCACUUCAUAAGCUCACUUGUUUGAUAUAAGGUAAGGUGGAUCUGUUCUUCUCUGGAUUAUGCAUUCAAUUUUUCUGACGAUUUUCCAUCCCUCAGAAUUUCAACCAGUUUUUAUUAUUUCAGCCAAAAGGAUUUAACAAGAAGGUUUAAUCAAAAUGCCACUGGUGCCUGUGCUGAGCUGAGGUUUUCUGCUAUGAAUGUAAUUUUUCAGGGAUAUAUAUAUAUAUAUAAUAUAUAGCUGAUGAUUCAACUGUGAACGGUGAUUUGGGAUUUGCAUUGUUUCUGCUGCUGGUGUAUUUCAUUAAGGCCGCUAUGGUGAUGCACUGUAAAAAUGUAUGGAGCUGAAAUGAGACUCUUCCUUCCCAUAAAGAGUGGUAUUUUAGUGCCUGUACUAAGCAUAGUAAAUCCUAGAAACUAAAAUUUCCUUUGUAGGCACAGUAGAUUAAUUAGCAUCUUUUAAGGUUAAAAACUCUGAGUCCUCUGCUGGACUGACAUGUAUAAUGAAUGCUCUGACACAAAGGUUUUGAGCAACAAAUGCUUCUUAAAGGACUGGAUGAGGAUGAGGAUAUGUGAAGGUUUAGUAUCCUGCUAAUUGUAUCACCCAUGUUGCAAGAGGGAUGGGAGCCGUUUUGGUACCAAGGAAUGCUGUGCACUUCCUCUGAUGUUAAGAAUAUCUCUGAACUUGCAGUGGAUCCUCAAGGUUCACUAUGCCUGAAGUGCUGUAUUCCCUAGAGGGAUCCUAUUUGUAAGAGACAGGUGCUGGAUCUGUACUAAGAGCAGUACAUGGGCUCAGAGAGAAAGCUGGAAAAAGCCACAUGUCCCAGUUGCAGAUUGCUUCUCAACAGAGCCCUUGGAUGAGAGGGAAGGCUGGUCUUGAACCUCCAGGUAAGCUGCUGUCAACUGAGGAGCAACCCAAGGAGGGCAGGAGAGGAUGAUGAAUGCCAACAACAAACAGCGUAAAAUAUUUGGUACCUGGGAACCAAGGGGAAAGAGGAGACAUUCUUCUUAGCUUCUCAAUGUUAGAAAUUAAAAGCAAACCCCAUUUUCUAGAUGUUGAUACAGAGUCUCCCUGGGGGUUGAGAGCUAAUGUAUGCAAAUACAUUGCAUUUCCAUGCACCACACAGUGCUAAAGCCCAGAAGAAAACUAGUAUAUUUUAGCAAACACCCUGAAAAUAAGCAAUUCCUUUGAAAUAAAACCUUUACUCUUUCAAGUUAACCUACUUCUAAAAAGCAUCUACUUCUAUUCUGCAGCUGUGGAAUUGGGAAAUAGCUUUACCUGUUAACUCCUUUUCACCAAAAUACUGAAGUGUAGAGUUCUCUGUGUCAGCUGUAAGUAUCUUUGACAGUUUGAUAAAUAACUUUUGUGUUUGUUGCUGCUGACCCUAGGAAAGGACAGCCUUGAGGCUGAGAACCAGUGUUACAUAAAUGUCUAGUGUACAUAGCAACGCUGAGCAGGGAGACGCUGCUGCAUCACUUUUGAUGCACCAGUCACUCAUUAAAAUUCUGUCAUUGCAAGGUCAUGUUGCUCAUCUCAUACUCUGCAGCCCUGGGGAAGAAAUUUGGAUGAGAGGUGGGGGAGGAAAAGCAAAAACUUCCUCCUUGUGCUGUAACCAAGAAUAUAUUCAUCGACAGCAGGGCACAUGUUUUGAUUUCAAAAGAGCAUGCCAUUUCUUUUUCAGGGAUAACGGGUUCCCUCCUGUGCUGUGUCAUGGUGUUUGUGUGUUAGAAGUGUAACACAGUGAUAACGGGUUGCUUCCGAAUUGAAUAAAUAACGCCUCUGAGCUUUUGCUUCUCCCUUGAAUAGUCUGAGAGAAAUGCAAAAUACCAGUGAGCAUAUAGAGUGGACUGUGUCCCAAGCUGCACUCAGCACAACCUGGUUAGGAAUGCUGCACAGCAGCUCUGCAAGCUGCUGGGAGGAAGCGAGGCUGAGGUUUUGGGUUUGGUCCCCGGAUGGACCAUUCACUUAAAUGAUGAUCCUUGUGGGUCCUUUCCAACUCAGACUAUUCUGUGAUUCUGUGUAACUGUUUUAAGGAGAACAGUGAAAUAUGUCAGUGAUACAUGAUCUGUGGUCAGAAGCAGGCCAGGUCGCCACAUUGGCUGUCACAUCUCUGAACCAGGACCGAGCCAGUCCUAGGUAUGCUUUGGUGAAAGGAGAGUCAGGGGCUCUUGGACUGAGUCUGCAGAUGAAAAGUGCUUUAGACAGAGCUCAAAGAGUCUCCUGGGUGCAUUCCAAGCCUGGAGUUCGGAGCUCUCAUACCUGAGGGUGAAUUGUGUAGGCAAUGAGCUGAUCUGAGCUUUGGGUAAGGUCUCAGUUCUAUGGUUAGCUGAAGGUAUGGACAUACCCUGUGUAUUUCUCUAGCUUUGUAGGAGCAUGUUCAGGGACAGGGAAGCAGGUUAUGUUAUUGCACCUCAUUAGGUGUUAGAUGCUUGAAAGCAUGUACUGCUUAGAACAGAUGAGGACAGUGAAUGCCAGCUUCCACCCACAACUGAAUAUACCCUGCCUUUUCCAGUAGUGUUCCUGAAGAAUAAAUGGCCAAGUCUCUGCAUUGAAGACACAAGUGAUGCAUUUUUCUUUUAUUGUAUCAGAGCAACAUAAUUAACUUAAAAAAUAUUUGCCAUGAAUGUGAAGUUGCACUUAAUGACAUUUUUCUUUUUGACUGUUUAAGCCCUAGUAACAGUUUGAUACACACUUUUUGGCAAAAAUAUAAUGCCCCAAAGCUUAAAAAUGUGGCUGAGAUGGAACUUGGCAAGGGAUCUCCACCUGAUAGUGAAAUAUCAUUGUCUGUUGGAACUGGAUGCAUUUGUGCUUCAUUCAUCUUGGUCUGCUCCAUCACCAUGGAAGAUUAGAGGGAGCAGAGCUUUCAGAUCUUUCUCUCCCUCUGCAUAUAACCUCGGCCUUCAUCUAGAGGUGUAUUUAAACCUUUGGAUCACUAGAUGCGUCAUCAGCCAUGUAUCACAUAGUUCUUCUUUUGUACUCUUCCUCCCUCCUUAGCACAAAUUAUAUCAGGAGGCUUUUUCCGCUCUUUGUUUCCCAUAACUCAGGAAAAUGCCAUUUUGGGAAAUGCAGAGGGCCUCAAUUUUAAUUGCUUCAUACACCAACCUGUAUAAUGCUCCUUGUGUGCGCAAUCCAAGGGGGCUCUUGUAGUCCCUUUGAUUAGCUUCAGGAAAAUGAGGGGUGCAUCCCAAUGCUGGAGAUGCUUCUGACACUCACAAGAGGAGCAGUGCUAAAAGGGCAGCUAUGUAGAAAAUGGGAAAACUCAUAAGAGCAAAGAUUACAUCAUCUGCUGAAUGAGAAUUUGGGAUUUGGCUUUGUGAGAGUCAGAUCACUAGUGGCUACCACUGAAAUUAAGUCAUGCUUCUGCUCUCACACGUAGGCAUUUCAAGACACUGGGCAGUGAUGGAAAGGGUUUCUUUUUUCAAUUACCUUUGCUAUUUCCAUACAGCCCCUACUUUACCAGCUGCAUAUAACUUCCUUCUUUCACUGAUUAAUUAUUUCUUUGCCUGGUUUCUUUGCUUCUGGGAGCUUGAGAGCUCAUUGUUUAUAAAGGGAAGAAGUGUGCUGUUAAGCAGACAACUCCCAACACCUAUGUUCAGCUCUGCAUCUUUGAGAGAGAGGUGCUGAUGCUGCUGUGAGUGCAGAAGGGCAGAGCUUUCACUGAGUUGUGACCAGGACCCUCUUCCAGGCUUCAUAUAUUGAUGAAGCUCUGGGCUUAUUAAUUAGCUUUUUCUGAAAUAGGUACCCUUAGUCCAAAUGUGCCAGGGUGUGAAACCCUUAGUGGCACUGAGUUUUCCUCUCUCUGUGUUCCUUCUGAUCAUUUGCAGGAGCAAAUUUGAUGAAACACAUUUGGGUAAGAAAUGGUUCUCUUGGUCUAUGGUGGUAGUUGAGAAGAAAAGUCAUAAUUGGAGUAUCUUCCCUCAAACUGAUGUGCAAAAUAGUGUUUUGGAUGGCCCAGCUAUAUUAGUUCCAUAAUAUGAAUAUAGGCAGUUUCUUUAAAUAUCUAUGAUUUUUUAUGUAAAUCUGACUUUAUGUUCAGAACCAACCAAACAAAAAAAAUCCGAAACGUCUUUUUUAUGUUGAAAAUGCUCGUAUGUCCAAAACACAUUUGUUUUAAAAGAAUUCUUCCAAGAUGCUUAGAAGAAGAGUGGAAACUAGCUCAAAAAACUCAUUUUCUAAUAGCAAAGCAUUCUUCGGUUUUGGUUGGUUUUUUUUUUUUUUGAACCUUCAUUAGUGAAAAAGUAGAGUUCAAACUAAGCAAUAGUACCACAGUCUGAGCUUCAGCAAUUCAGUAUCUUCUAUUUAAAGUAAAGCAUCUCUCUAGGAUCAUGUCUACACUGUCAUCUGAACCUUCCAGGCAAUGUCUGUAGCAGAUCUAGACUUGGGUUGCUGUGAGAAGAAGACAUGAUCCAUUUUUGUCUUACUUUGGGUAUUUAUUUGGGACUCAAAAGCCAUGUGAGAGUUUGAUGUGUUAAACAGACAGGAAUUGGAGCCACUGGUGGAAGUAUGAGUAUGCUGAAAAGUCCUUAGCCUGUUAUCCCAUUAGUCAAAAUAAUUAAAGUCCAGUCUCAGGAAGGAAGAUGGCCACUAAGGAAAUUCUUGCCAUCCCUAAAGUUUGAAAAGUGCAAUAAAAUAAGGUCAGCUUUCCAUUUUUUCUUUUAAGAAGUGAGCCCUGGAAAUAGAUAUUUACAGUUAAUAUGUAUGAUGUGAUUGAAAAAUUAAUGUCUUGUCUUUUCUGUAGCUGCGAGUCAUAACUUUUUCAUUUCUGACCACAUUCCUCUUCCUCUCUCACUCUUCCCUGUCCCAAAAGGAAGAGACCAGAAAAUUCUUUCUGAAUUUCCACUUCUGUAAUUAUAUAUCUUUUCCACUAGAGGUGAAAUAAAAAAAAAAAUAUUAAAAAGGAAGGCGACAUUUACUUUUUAUAUCUCCAUACAAUGUGCAAGAUAACAAUUUUGGAAAGUAUUCACAUAAAUGUCCACAAUUUUGAGCACUAAAUGUUCUUUUCAGAGGUGUCUGUUUAUAUUAAUGCAAUUUCAAUCUGUUCUUAUGCUUUUAUAGAUCAGGAUGUGGUACAAUUCUUUGAAAAGAAAUAUCUGCUUAGUUUCCAAGUGGAACACAAAGCAAAAUUUGGCCUUGAACUUGCAUUUGUAAGUUUUUCACCCAAGCUUGACUUUAAGAAAAAUAAUAGUACUUACUGGGUUCAUGUCUAUAACAAGUCAUACUCUUGCUGUAUGAAAUGCCCCAUUUUGUAGCUUCAGCUUGCUGACCCCCAAAACAACAGAGGAACUUUGUUUCAAUUUGACUGGAAGAACUUAAAUACAUCGCUGUUGUACCUUCAUGCCUCAUAAACCUUCAAAGAGUAAGCAAUAAGCUGUCUGGGUCUGUUAGUUCCACUAAAAUGAAGGAAAAUUUUUACCAGUUAUCUAUAUAAUAAGGCAGAACUAGAAAACUGAUCAUUAAAAAAAUCUCUGGGUUUUUAUUUUCCUAUUUUUUGCAGUUUGUUUAUUCUUCUCUCUUUUAUGAGUCAUGUGCAGAACUCUUCCCACAGUGUCCCUUUCUUAGUUACAUGGUGUUGUCAGGGUAGAUGAAAUCUGUUGGCUAAAUAAAGGACUCAGGCAGGGCUCUUGAGCUUGAUCCCAUGUUCUUACAGAGUUCCCCUACAAACCAGUGACUGUGCAGGAUUUUCAGAGUAACAUGAAGAGUUCAAAUUCACUGAGAUUUUUAUACCCAACUGCAUUAGGUUUCUUUCUAAAAUCCCAUCUUCUUUUUGCCUACCAUUAAAAUGGGGAUAGCCACACGGGGAAAAAGUUUGGAUUUGCCUGGCAGGUAGUGCUUCAUUUUAAAUUUUUUUAGUGAAAAUACAAACUCCUGGUUGCAAUAUGGAAGGGAGGCUUCUUGCCCAAAAUACUUGUCUGAAUUAGCCAUUUUAUCUUAAUGGCAGUCCUGACAACUAAAGUAUUUGGCUGAUGAGUUCUUUUGCUGUUCAGAUGUUACUUUUACAUUCUGUUAUAUUAGCAGAUCAUCUUAAUGUGAUUUUAUGUCUCUUAUUGUAUUUGACAAAGCACCAUAUGUUUAUACAUCAUGUAAUUAUGGCACUGUACUCUAAAGGUAUUUACUUUACAGGAAGUUUCAUGACUU